CAUGCUACCACAGCUCCAAAACCACUAUAUAGUUUCAUUAAUAAAAAUCCUAAACUGUUUAAAUAUGGAUAUCAAUUCUCAGGUGUUGGAGGUCAAGUCCAGCAAUUGAAAACAUGACACAAACCCCAGUACACUGGCAAAGUCCAUCUUCUGAUAAAAGCUUUAUCUAAGCAGGAUAUAAUGCUUGGUGGUCAUGAAUAGGCCCUACAGUCAUUCUGUCAACAAUUAUUGUUAAACAUUAAACAGGUAACCAUAAAGCAACCAUAUAAAAGAACCAGAAAUCAUCUCAUGUAGUCUGAGUUUGGGGACAGUAUCAACAUGAAUUUCUCUACUUGGAUGUUGGUGUUGUUCUGUGGUCUAACUUUGGCCCAGAAACAUGUCAAUGAAACAGAAAUCUCUGGUGAAACAUUGUUAAGUUUUCCUGAAAUAUCAGACUUGCUCCAAGAGCUCGGUGCUGUGAAAGCAAAACUAGAAGCUGUGGAAACAAACCUGAAAGAGACCGAAAACCAGGUUUUGAUUCUGAAUGAGAAAGGUAAAUCCUUGGAAACAAAGCUGAAAGAGACCGAAAACCAGGUUCUGGUUCUCAAUGAGAAAGGUAAAUCCUUGGAAACAAAGCUGAAAGAGACCGAAAACCAGGUUUUGGUGCUUCAGGAGAAAGAAGCUUUCAAGGUAGUUUUCAGUGCUGGAAUAAGCAACAGUGGAGCCAUUGGACCCUACAGCACAUCAAAGACCUUGAUCUACACAAGAAUCAUGACAAAUUUGGGCAACGCCUACAACCAGCACACAGGGAUCUUUGUUGCACCUGUUAGAGGCAUGUACUACUUCUCCUUCUUCUAUCAUGCUGGUGGAAAACAUCCAGUGGCUCUGCGCCUCUUGAAGAACAAUCAGAUUGUUGUGGAGAGCACUGAUCAGGCGACAUCUUCUGAUGGAGCUGACAAUGGAGGCAAUGCUGCCUUCAUGGAGCUGCGGCAGGGAGACCAGGUUUACGUCCAGCUGGUUGCAAACUGUCAUGUUUGGGGAGACACUGACAGAACUACAUUUAGUGGCUUUCUUCUGCAUCAAGUCUGACAAAAGAUUGAACAUUGAUGUGAUCAUUUAAACAGCCUAAACCUUCUGGUCAGACAGUGUGUCAAUGUCAUGGUUAGUGGGUUUUUUUUGUUUCAUAAGCAAAUCACAAAAAUCACUCUGAGAGCGCAGUAAAGGCCUUAUUUUACAGAAAAGAGUAUUUCUAACAAGAACAUGAAAGAUAUGAAUGGAAAAAGAAAAUAUGCAGACAUCUAUAUUCUGGAGGCAUUUUUUUUCCAGAAUUUUUAAAAUUUAAAUAUAAAUCUGGUGAAGAACAUGGACAUUAUGGUUUUAUGGUGUUUCAAUCUGUGUAGAAAUGAAUUUAAGUCUGUCAAUAAAGCUUGAAUUGAUCUGAACAGAAUUUACAGUCAGAGUCAAUAAAUGAAAAUAUGCAUUUCAAUGAGGCUCAUUGUCAGAUUAAUUUAAAACUUUUAAGGACGUAAUAAACAUACUUUAAGAUUACAUUUCUGCAUAGAUUUCUGUGGUUGUUGGUCUGAUGUAAUAUUCCACUUUUAAAUGUUAUAUUUUCAUUAAUUGUAAGAAGAAAAUCACAACAAAAAUAAAGGCUUUCAAACCAUCUGUCUGUAACUAGUCUAUAUCAUGUAUUUC